AACUAAAACGAUAAACCUCAGCCACUGCAAACGGGCAAUAAGUAGAAAACAAGUUGGAGCAAAAAUAAUGUGAAUAUUCCCAAAUAACAAACUGAUAAGAAGAUUCUAUAUAAAAACAACCAUUAUAAAAGCAAUAUGAAAGUGCUAUUAGUUUUAGUCGUUGCCGUUUUUACGUUGAACGUUGCUUUGUCAAAACGCGACGGCGACAGACGUGAUAUGAUCAGGCACUCCACUCAUCGCGCGACGCGCGACGACGAACAAGACGUGCCCGAAACUAGUCACUGCGAACUGGAGAUAAAGUGCAAAGGAGAAACCUCGACCUCCUCGUCGCCAGUCCGGCUGCCCAUAAGAGGCCCGAGGGGUCCGGCAGGGCGCCCUGGGGAGAAGGGAGUACAGGGAGAACCUGGGAUACCCGGGAAACCGGGAGAACCAGGUAAGUCAGCGGUUCCCGCCAAACGAUUUGCUUUCUUUGUUGGUCUCGGGGAAAACAGGGGACAAAUCGAGGCCAAUGUGGAUCUCACUUUUGAUAGAGUCAUAACGAAUGUGGGCGGGGCAUAUAAUGAGCUGACGGGCAAAUUUACCGCCCCGUUCUCUGGCACGUAUCAUUUUACUGUUGUAAUUGCCGCUCAGGGGACAAAGAAGGCUGCUGUGAUGCUGAUGAAGAACGACCAAAUGAUGACGACAGUCUGGGCGGAGAGUAUUCCGUACUGGGCGACGUCAUCAAGCACCGCCAUCUUGAAUCUAACAUCCGGGGACCAAGUGUGGCUCGUGCUUCUGCAGCGAGCACCUUAUCUGCAUGGCUACAUGUACUCGUCAUUCUCCGGCUAUGCAUUAUUCGCUGAUGAAUCGGAAAAGACAUCGAAUGUGAUUGAACCUGAAAAUAACGAUUCGGAGUUCGUUGACAAGAGUGACAUAGCAAACACAAUUGUGAACGAACAAUAAUACGUACACACGACUUACAUAUCUCAGUGUCAAGUAUAUAUUGUUGUAUUUCAGUUUGUUUGUGGACGUUUUCGUGUAAUUUGUUUUACUGUAUUAUUACUGGCAUAUAACAUGACAAAUUUAUUGAGAAACAAACAUUCAAUGACAUUUAAAAUGUACAAUAUCAAAAUAGAUAACUUUCAAAAGAAUGUGUUUACAUCCCAACACAAAAUAAAUCUUAAUGUAUUUACUGAAUUUUGCAAUUACUAUAACUUAAAAAAAAAAUAAACUAGAUAUCGAGUAUACAGUAUUCAUUUAUGUACCAGUGUUUUAUCGGCUGUUCAAAUGUAUAUACGUAUUGCAAUGUGUUAUUUAAUGUUCACCAUGGCGUUUCAACAAUUUAAUCAAGGUAAAGUAUUGGCUUGGUAACAUUGUUAAUAAAUGUAUGAUGUUUAUAGUACAUGUGUUGACUGCACACAUAAACUCAAAACAAUAUACUUAUAUAUAAAAAAAGUUUCAUAGAUGUACAUUUAUUUGGCUAAUGAUAGAAAGUCAAGUCAUUUUAACCUUAAGAAAUUUUCAUCAACCAUUUAAUCUGGUCUCUGAAUUGAACUGCCUACUUAUCUUGUCCGUCAAAUGUGCUGCUAUUUAUCUGGCCCGUCAACACGUCAGUAAGUUUAUUUUUCGCUGGUCAUAUCUAAGCUAUCGGUAAAUGCCGGACUUCGGAGUUUUCAAUAUCCAUAGAUUGUAUAUUUUAUAACGAAAACCCGAAAAGGCUGUAGAGUUUUAUCAUCAAGGGCAUUUUGUCGACUCCUUUACAAAACACGUGGAUAUUUAUAAAUACUAUCUAGACUAUGAAAGUAUCUUUUCAAAAGUAUAUAUAUUCAAUUAUUUAAGUGUGCAUUGUUCAAGUAUUACAUUUUAAUACUCUUUGCAAAUUAAGAGUCACCUCAUAUUGAUAAACAUUCUGUUCUGUUCUGUAUAAAACAGGGUCAUUUGUUUUUGACGAGGCAUGUCAACAAAUGUCUGAUAAGUGACGAUUUCAUGGGAACGUUUGUUGCGUUGCUUAGAUGUAUGAUUAUGUUGAAAAUAAAGUAUUUUAUGUGA